CAUGGAAUGAGACCUUUGUUCUCCCCAGGAACACAAAGUUUACCACCCUUCACACAUUCCACAGAACCCAGCUUUAACAGACUGCAUAAGGCUACUUUACAUCUCCUACAAGGACAAUGACUUUUAAGAUGAUGCACCAUAGUUUGGAAACUUGUUGCCUCUUUUAAUGUCAUUCCGUAUGUGUGUCAUGCUUAUAGCCACCAGGUCAUUAUAAUGCUUUUUGAUCGUUUAACAGGGACCAUAGUGUUCGUGUGUGUAUCAAUAACAGCAGGUAUGUCAUGUUUGGUAUGUGUGUGAUCACUAUUGAAUUUCCUAAGGGUUGGUAUAAUGUAAAGUUGAGUACGAUGUAUUACAUGCAUGUUACCAAAUUCCUUAACAAAGUUCUAAAUUAACCUUAUGCAAAGUUUGCAAAGCACAUAACUCAGAGACCAGAGUGUUAAUUAGUGUCAGAGGAGGAGAAUACAGUUUACACCCUGCCCCAAGAUCCUGCUGAUUGGAGCAAACACUUUGGGGUCAGCCCAACCGGAAAGGGUUAAAACCCCCUGACACAAAGGAAACUCUGAGUCUCAUCCUAUCCAUCCUUGAGAGAGUCCAAAACAUCUUUGGAGUCUCAUCCACAACACCUCUGCAAGAGUCUCAUCCUAUCCAUCUUUGAGAGAAUCCAACACAUCUUUGGAGUCUCAUCCACUACAUCUCUGCAAGAGUCUCCAUCCACAUCUGAAGGAAGUCUCAUCAACCAAGAGCUUUAGACGUUCAUCACGAGGAGAUCAGGCUUGCUCCGAGACUCCGCAACCAGACCGGUUCUUGCAAAGCCUCCAACUGUCGCCUUCGCACCGCUGUGAACCAUUCUUCAAAGUUUCGCAACCCGCCUAUGAGACUCCGCCGGGUUCGCGCCUCACUCUGUUUAUCUUCCUCAUUGGUCUUUCGAGACGCUACAUAAGGCCAACCAGACCGCCGACCAAUCAACAUCGCCGGAAACCCCUUCCAAACAACAACGCAACGAGGGAAUCCCUGGCAACACAAACGCAACAAUUUCAUCUCAGGCUUCAGGAAGUCAUGCAGGAAGACUCGCUGAACUUUCUUUAGCUUCUUACUUUAGACAGCAGGGUGAGGACAGAGUGUAGGCCAAUUUCAGUUGGUUUCUCAUGAAACCUGCCUCCUUGACCAAGUCUUUGAGUUGAUUAUAAAUGAGAAGCCCCCAAACAGCAACAGCCUCUUUCUUAACGAAGACUCUGAGAAGCGCCCACACCCUGAGAAGGACCUUCACUGGUUGCACAGAGCCAUGCAGAAACAAGUGUCUGGAACCAAAGUCAGGAUGUGCUCCAUUAACCGAAAUGCCAUCAAGGCAUUCCUGCAUCGCAACUCCUUUGUGCUCUUCACUGUGGGAGCAGUUGUAGUAGGAAUAAUUUUGGGAUUUGCUGUGCGACCUCAAAACUUAUCAUUGAGAGAAAUAAAGUAUUUAUCCUUCCCUGGGGAGCUACUGAUGAGGAUGUUACAGAUGAUGGUCCUUCCACUCAUUGUAUCCAGUCUUGUUACAGGUAUUUCAUAUUUGGACAGUAAAGCCACUGGAAAGAUGGGAGUGCGGGCUAUCAUUUACUAUAUCGUGACUACCUUUAUUGCUGUGUUUAUUGGUAUUGUCAUGGUGACCAUCAUAAAACCUGGAAAAGGCAAAAGAGACACUCCAAUGUCUACUAGUGGCAGAGCUGAUUCGGUAACAGCUACUGAUGCAUUUCUUGAUCUAAUUAGAAAUAUGUUCCCUUCUAAUUUAGUGGAAGCCUGCUUUAAACAGUACAAAACACUUUACAAGAAAUCUAUUUUGACAAAGAACAUCACUGUUAUGGUGAAUUUAAGUGGCAUUGUUAUUAAUGCCACUGAGUCCAGCCAAAUGGGAAAUUACAGCACAGUCCUGCAGACCAUCCAGGAGACAGUGGAGGAGAUUAUUCCAGUCUCUGGUUCCUCCAAUGGAGUGAAUGCUCUGGGUCUAGUGGUGUUCUCCAUGUUCUUCGGCUUCGUGAUUGGGAAUAUGAAGCAGCAGGGCCAGCCACUGAAGGAUUUCUUUGACUGCCUCAAUGAUGCCAUAAUGCGCUUGGUAGCAAUCAUUAUGUGGUAUGCUCCAGUUGGGAUCCUCUUUCUAAUUGCUGGGAAGAUUGUUGAAAUGAAAGACCUAUUACAGGUUGGAGGACAGCUGGGAAUGUUCAUGUUGUGUGUCAUCAUCGGUCUGCUUAUCCACAGCCUCAUUGCUCUGCCUCUACUUUUCUAUUUGGGUACACGGAGGAACCCCUACACUUUCAUCUCUGGUCUGCUCCAGGCUUUAGUUACAGCCUUUGGAACAUCCUCAAGUUCAGCCACCCUUCCCAUCACCUUCCGUUGCUUGGAGGAGAACAACCAUGUGGACAAACGUGUAACACGCCUUGUUUUGCCUGUGGGAGCCACCAUAAACAUGGAUGGUACAGCUUUAUAUGAAGCAGUGGCUGCCAUUUUCAUAGCCCAAGUUAAUGACAUGGACCUGAAUUUUGGACAAAUCCUUACCAUCAGUAUCACAGCGACUGCUGCCAGCAUUGGAGCAGCAGCCAUUCCUCAGGCUGGUCUGGUAACCAUGGUGAUUGUAUUGACAUCCGUGGGACUGCCCACCGAGGACAUAACACUCAUCAUUGCUGUGGAUUGGAUCCUAGAUCGCCUCAGAACCACUACCAAUGUGCUGGGAGACUCCUUGGGAGCUGGUAUUGUGGAACAUCUAUCAAGAGAGGAACUGCAGAACCUGGAUACUGGGAUCAGCAGCUCUGUGAUUGAGGUCAAUGAAAAACCUUACCAGCUCAUCUGCCAGGAGGAUGAUUGUCUCAGACAUCAAAAGAGUGAAACAACAAUGUAAUAAUCAUUAUACUAAAUAACAUCUAGAACGGUAUAGUGGUAUUGUUUUAAGCUUUGGAAACAAGAGUAUUUGUCAAUGGUGGAAAACGCAAAUACUUCAAGACAAAAACUACGUAUGUUCUUACCAAGAACAUUAAAAACCAUAUCAGCCAUUUUGUAACAGGCACACAAAGAAAUACUUGUUGAAAAAUAUUUUUAUGUUAAUUCCUAUAGAUUGGCUCACAUUCAAUGGAAUUUCACUGAUUUUUCUUUAAUUCACCCAUUAGAUUAGGAGUUAUGAAAGUCUACUGUCUAGUAACAGUAGAAGCGCCUUUUGAGCACAAUGAACCAGUAUUAUAGUUUUACUUUUGCAACUACAAAUUUAAUGAAUUUUGAUUGUAAACUUUUCCAAGUGCUUAGAUAUGAAAUUACAAUCAAAUAUUUUUGGUAUUUAGUUUCCCACACAUUAGACAAGACAAGACCAAGACCAUCACCUUCUACAAAAAAUAAACAAACAAAACAACAAAAUAAAAUAUAUUACAUAUCCUUCACACAUAGUUGGAAACGUUAUUCUACAUAUUUUAGUAAAAAGCUCACAAAAGCUUAACCCAUAGACACUCAGUUUAUGGGUUAAGCUUUUAAACGAAAAACCCUGAGGACUGUGGUUCAUGAGUGCGGUCUCUUUUAUUGACGUAUAUUUUUGAUCAUCUUUUUGAUAAUUGUUGUAAAACAAGUUAUCUUGAUAAAACAUCCCUGUGAAAUUGCUGAAAAUUUUAGCUCACAUCUGACUGACAACAGGCAGUGAACUCCUGUUAAUUCACUUUAGCAACUUAGUGACCGUGCGGUAACAAGUUUUGCAUGUCUUCAGUUUUAUACCUUCAUAAUGUCAAGAGUGGAAAGUCAAAAACAAGGUAUGGGUUUGACCUUUUUAUUAAUUUUUUUGACAUUUUAGCUCAGAGUAGUGUUGGUGAUAUCAAUGUCUGGUUUUCAUGCCAAUUUCAAAGCUCUAUUUCAAAAGAUGACACCAACCCCUGUGGAUAUAUUAUGUCAACAAAACUCAUUGUAAUCCCUUGAGAUAAAGGGAAAAGUUGGAGAUGAAAUUAUGAACACUAUAUAGUGGAAUUACAAUGAUAAAUGUGUGUAACCAUGUGGUUGAGCUCCCUGUGAGGCCUGAUAUUUCCAAUGCUUUUUACACCAAAUAUGCUGUGGCUUGGUGUUAUAGAAAAAUAAUCAACGAAAGGGAGGUGUAAUGAGGCCUGAUGCAACGUGGAUAUUUUUUAAAAAUUAUUUUCCAAGAUUAAAACACCUCCUGAAGUGUUUUAUUCCUCUUAUACCACAGUAACUUUGCCAGUGAUUUUAAUUUUUAAUUAAUUAAAGUACAACACUUCUUUAACCAUUUAUAGUUACUAUUGUUGUAAUGUCGUGGAACAUCGCAAAACAAGUUUGUUCCUGUUAUCAAUUAUGUUAGAGCAGCUAUAAACAGUCGUUCUCUCACGUUUUCUUCAAGUUAAUAAGAGAGCAAAAAUGCAACUUGUCAUGUUACCAGGUGCAAAGCUCUCUAUCCUGAAGACUUUCCUAUGUGGAAAACCUAAUGGAACACCUUUACCUCUGACUAAUACAAAGCACAAACACUGGAGGCUCCUUCUAAAAGUGUUAAAUAAAUAUCUCCUUAUAGAAAACUUAAGCAUAUCAGCAAUUAGAUGUUUUUCUUUUUUUUUUUAAAGAACAUUCUUUUAAUCUGUAUAUUAUUAGGCGUAAAUUAUAUGCAGCAUCUACCAUACAAGCCCCUGUGAGUUACUACUGAAAUGCUGGGGUAGUGGUAGCUACUGAUCGGAAGGUUAAAGUGAGUUCAAAUCCCAACACUACCAAGCUGCCACUGCUGGGCUUUGUGUCGCCAAAAAUGUCCCAUAAAUGUAAAUGUAAAUGCUAAUGUAUUAGAAUGAGUGCAUUAAUAAUACUGUGUGAUUUGCCUUACAUCUGGCACUACUGUGAGAGCUGCUGUUAGCACGCUUUUCAGCCUAACUGUAAAGGAAUUAUGGCUGGAUAGGUGAUGGAAAACCUGUAGAAUUUAUUUGUGAUGAACCCCCAAGAACAGGCUCUUUCCACUUUUCCUUUUCUCUUUUUAUUGUCAUUGUUGUCUUUCUAAAAUAGGAAUGAUCAUUUUUCAGACUGAUACAUUGAUUUAAAGCAUAAAAAAAUCAACAAACAGACAGAAAGCUGUGUGUGUGUGUGUGUGUGUGUGUGUGUGUGUGUGUGUGUGUGUGUGUGUGUGAAUUGCACAAUUCUAUAUAUAUGGUUUGUUGACUGUAGAGAGUCUAAAUGGAACUAUCUUACAUACGGAAUAUACAAAAUUAUGCUUUUUAUUUUACUAGUAGUUUAAGCACAUUCUGAUGUGUUCUUUGUUUUAAAAAAGCUAAUAAUUCAGUGGCAAACUUCAGGAUGUGGCCUUGUACAUGUACUUGCAUGCUGAUGGUUAAUAGCUGGAUAUUUUGUUCUUAACACUUUUAUUUUGAAAGGCUGUGAAAUAAACAGAACUUUUCUGUGU